GUCUCCACAGCACUGCUGCAGCGCUCCACGUCUCCCACCCGUAUACUGUAUGCUCCCACCCUGUGUAGACGUCGUCCACAGAAGAAGUUGCCACGAAUGCACAGCGGCAUGAUGUGGAGACUAGUAACCUGGACAAUGUGCGUCUUUAUCUCUUCACAGCUGUGGUCUGUUUGGGCCACAGCAGCUGAGCUGGACAGCAAGGUCAAGGUUGAAGUUUUGUUUAAGCCCGAGCAGUGCACUCCGAGGAGUAAAAGGGGAGACCUGAUGAACGUCCACUACGACGGCUUCCUCGCUAAAGAUGGGUCUCAGUUCUACUGCAGUCGAUCAGACAAAACUGGGCACCCUCAGUGGUUUGUGUUGGGCGUGGGACAAGUCAUCAAGGGCCUUGAUAUUGGGAUGAUGGAUAUGUGUCCUGGAGAGAAACGAAAAAUAACAGUUCCACCUGCCCUGGCAUUUGGAGAAAAGGGCAAAGAUCCGGUGCCGCCCAAUGCUAUGGUGGUCUUUGAGGUGGAGGCCUACAUGGUGUCCAGGGGACCACGCAGUAUGGAAGCCUUCAGAGACAUAGACCGAGAUAAAGACAAAACACUCACAAAGGCAGAGGUAAAAGAACAUUUGAAACUGGAUUAUGCAAAAGAAGGGAAGCCACGCGAUGACGCUUUCUUUGAGAGGAUUGUGGCUGAUAUAUUCCGCAAGAGUGACAACGAUAGAGAUGGAGUGAUCAGCACAAAGGAGUAUAAUAUUUAUGAACAUGAUGAGCUCUAAUGUCAGAAAUAGUUGUUCUUGUCAUUGUUUGGUGAAGGAAGAACCAACCAUCAGAGGUUCUUACACUGUUAGAUGUCUGUUUGUGUCAUGUUUAGUUUUUUUGGGUCUGCCCACUUCACCGCAGCAGUUCUUAUAGUUAGUGGUUUCCCACCUUCUGCAUGAAUUCUGGUCUGUCAAAGAAAUAGCCUAGAAAAGUGUAUAUCUUCCUCCUGUCUCUUUUCAUUAGUUACAUGGCAUGAAUAUUGAGAGAAGUCAUGGCUUUUUUUUUUUUAAUGAAUGUAUUUAAAUCCUGACAUGUGUUUCUCCUGCUCUGACUGUAGCUGUGAAUAUCACAAUGAGACAUCAUUUUAUCCAUGUUAGACCAGUUAUCCAUCAUAAUGAAUUGAAUAAUGAAUCACAGGAUUCUCCUUAAGAUCCUGUGGCUUGGAUUGUAUCUCACCGCUGUGUUGCACUGGACAAAAGCUUCUCAGAAUCAAAGACAUGUAAAUGUAAAACAUAGAACUUCUAGAAUCCAAAGCACUGGGUAAUCGCCCUUAGCUUUUUAUUUUUAAGUCUCAGUCUUUCAUGGUGGAUUUUGUCUUUUAAAAAGCUGACAGAAUACAACAUUGUUGAGGUAUUGGGCAUCCCCAGCAAAAUUUUCCAAACCUGCAGUCUAGUCUCUCAAUUUAGUAUUAAACUAUGCAAGUAAGAACAUCAGCAAUACCUUUGAAAACCUUUACUUCCCUGCAAACGGAAUUUUACUAUUAAAAAUGUUUUAUUCUUGCCUUCAA